AUGGAUGGAUUUAGAGGCAAAAGAUUCUUCUUGUUCGUUCGUCCGUUUUUUCCCCCAACUUGUUGCAACUUGAUUAGCUCUAUCACCCUUUUUUUAACCACCCUCUCUUUACUUAAUAAUACUCUUUCGUUCCUUUCUCUCUCACGCUCAUCUUCACCUUUUUAUUAUUUUUUUAGCGUUGCCCAGUCUCUUUCUUUUUUCACCGUUGCUCACACUCUCUUUCUUUUUUCACUUUCUGCAUCUACUCUUUCACUUUUAUUCUCUGAACCUAAUGUUACUCUUUUACUUUUCUCACACUUUUUCUCUCCCACCUAUUUUUUACUUUUUUUCUGUCUGUUUUACCUACGUACUUAUUUACUCAGCGCUCACUCCCUCUCUCUCCCUCCCUCCCUCUCUUUCUUUCUUUCUUACGAUCUCAACCUUAUGUUUUUUCCCUUUCCUUUUUUUGCCCAUCUUCCUCUCUUUUCUCUAUCUUUUCUAUCCCUGAUGUUCUCAUCUUUGUUGAUUAAUUACUCUCCUCAACUUCCCACACGCCUUUUUUUUUUACCCUUUCUUAUCACUCUUUCUUUCUGUUUAUUCAUUUUGACUUCUUUGAGUUUUAUCUCAUCUUCUUUAAUCUUUGCUAUUCGUGUCUUAUUGCGCACUUCACUACAGCUAGGAUUUUACUUUCAUUCUUUGAUAAUUUUUUUUUAUUAUUCAUUUAUUUAUUCAUUUCUUUUCUCACUCCCCCCACCUCUUUAUUUCGUUGUGGACAUGCUCGUUAAAUGUUUUGCAGACCAGCUCGUCUUAUCUUUUCCCUCACUCAAAUAUUCAUUCUGUCUGUUUUUCUCUUUGCUUUCUCUACUGAAAUGUUUACUUUCCUUGUUUUCACCCCUUUUUUUUUUUAUUUUCACACUCUCUCCUUCAAAACUCCCUCUUAUUUUUACCAUCACACCACUCUCCCUUUCACCAAUAUUUUUAUUUUAUUACAUUUUCUCUCUCUUUUUCUCUCUCUUUGAUUUUUACCUUCUUUCUCUAUUAACAUUUUACUUUCUUUUUUUGCACUUCUCUUUUACUGACUCCAAUUACCCACUCUCUAAUUUUUAA